GCGUUAAUGACGGACAUGUAUCAGAUUACGAUGUCGUACGCGUACUGGAAAGCUGGGCGGCACAACGAGAAUGCGGUGUUCGAUCUGUUCUUCCGCAAGUGUCCGUUCAAGGGCCAGUUCGCCAUCUUCGCAGGUUUGAGCGAGGUGAUCGCACUGAUGAACAGCUUCACCUUUUCCCCCAGCGACAUCGCCUACCUGCGAACGGUUCUCCCUCACUGCGAGGAGACAUUUUUCGACUGGCUCGAGCAGCUCGACUGCCGAAACGUGCGCCUUUACGCUCUGGAGGAGGGCUCGCUCUGCUUCCCCCGAAUACCGCUCAUCCGGGUUGAGGGUCCGCUGGCUGUGGCGCAGCUUUUGGAAACCCCGUUGCUGAACCUCAUCAACUACCCGUCGCUUAUCGCCACAAAUGCGGCCAGGCUGCGGUUAGCGGCCGGGGCGGACAAAACCCUUUUGGAGUUUGGGCUGCGGCGGGCACAGGGUCCGGACGGAGCCCUGUCCGCUUCUCGUUACUCGUACAUCGGGGGGUUCAACGGCACCAGCAAUGUUCUCGCGGGGAAGCUGAUUGGCGUUGACAUCCGAGGCACGCACGCCCACGCUUUCGUGCAAUCCUACACUUCCUUUGAACAGAUCAAGGAUCCCACCCUGGACGGGAAGGACUUCGUCGCGAUCGUCAAGGGGUACCGUGACCGCCCGGUCUGCGGUAAGGCCUACGGGAGCAGCAACGACGGCGAGCUCGCGGCGUUCACCGCGUACGCCCAGGCGUUUCCCGACGGCUUCGUCGCGCUCGUGGAUACGUACGACACGCUCCAGUCCGGGGUACCCAACUUCCUGUGCGUGGCGCUGGCACUGGAUGACCUGGGGCACAGGGCGCUGGGGUGCCGGCUGGACUCCGGGGACCUGAGCUACCUUAGCCAAGAGGUGCGAAAAAUGACGACCGAGGCUGCGAAGGCCUUCAACCGCCCGUUCCUUGCCACUACAAACAUCGUGGCCAGCAACGACAUCAACGAGGAGAGUCUGCACUACCUCGCCGACCAGGGCCACGCCAUCGACACCUUCGGCAUCGGGACGAACCUGGUGACGUGCCAGGCGCAGCCGGCCCUCGGCUGUGUAUACAAGCUGGUCUCCAUCGAGGGUGUGCCCAGGAUAAAGCUGUCGCAGACGACGUCGAAGAUUACCAUACCGGGCCGCAAGGCGGUAUACAGAUUACUGGGCGCCGACAAAGUUCCCAUCUUGGACAUCAUGCUUAAAGAUGGGGAGGAGCCGCCGCAGCCGGGAGUCCCCAUACUCGCGAGACACCCGUUCGUGGCAACAAAGCGCGCGAGGGUGACACCGACUGAGGUAGUCCGGUUGCAGGAGAUGGUGUGGGAUGGCCAAGCUGGAGGUGCAACCUCGGACAUGCCCACCAUCCACGAGGUGCGAGCGACGGUGGCAAAGGGGUUGAAAAAGAUUCGGCAGGACACGCUCCAGAGGCUCAACCCCACGCCGUACAAGGUGUCCGUGAGCGAAGGCCUGCACGACUUUCUGCACUCACUGUGGGAAAAGGAGGCACCCAUCAGGGAGCUCAGCUAAAAAGACGACGGCAAAUAAUCCGAGAAACAAGGGAAUCCAGCGCGCUUCGCCUACUGCUUCCCGACGAGUGUACCCCACCAUGAGCCGGUGCCGAUGUGUCAACGGGUCUCUCUUCUCUCCUGUUGAAGCCGGGGCGUGACUUUGGUGGAAGUCCAGGGCCUGCAUUGGUCUAUGCCCUAGGCCUGAUUGGGUUGUCGUUUCGGACAGGGGCACAUGUAUUGUCACGUUCGUGUUUCGUUCACGUUGGGUUUAGGCAGGUAUAGGGAUACGCUAGGGUGACAUGAUGAAGUCAUGGAGGUCCCACGAAACGGUUGAGUAACUCCAGAUUUACGAGCAGAAACAAGUUUAGGCAGGCAAAAACUGGGAAUGGUGGAACGGGACAGGAUAGUACAGUGAAACGUAAAGGAGGAAUGGAUAGUUCAUUACAUGAAUGGAUAGUGUAUUACAUAGGGGCGGUGAUGCACAGUAAUGUAGCAGCAAAAGAGUUCACACUGCAGCUGCUCCCACCGGGCGAACGCCUGGUCUGCUCUCGAGUCCAAUAGUAAGUACAAGGCGGGAGAGAGGCCUGGGCGUUGAGCAACGGGUUCGAUUGGCCUCCCCUAGCCGAGCGGAAAACCUUCCUGGCCUCCCUCGCGGGGCUUUCAGUCUGCGUGGGAGGG